AUGGGGCGUGUGCACCGCGGGAGACUUUGGGUAAAAGCCAAGUCUGAAGUGUUGGAGGCGGAAGUGUCGGAGGCGGAAGUGUCGGAGGCGGAAGUGUCGGAGGCGGAAGUGUCGGAGGCGGAAGUGUCGGAGGCGGAAGUGUCGGAGGCGGAAGUGUCGGAGGCGGAAGUGUCGGAGGUGGAAGUGUCGGCGGUGGAAGUGUCGGAGGUGGAAGUGUCGGAGGUGGAAGUGUCGGAGGUGGAAGUGUCGGAGGUGGAAGUGUCGGAGGCGGAAGUGUCGGAGGCGGAAGUGUCGGAGGCGGAAGUGUCGGAGGCGGAAGUGUCGGAGGCGGAAGUGUCGGAGGCGGAAGUGUCGGAGGCGGAAGUGUCGGAGGCGGAAGUGUCGGAGGCGGAAGUGUCGGAGGCGGAAGUGUCGGAGGCGGAAGUGUCGGAGGCGGAAGUGUCGGAGGCGGAAGUGUCGGAGGUGGAAGUGUCGGCGGUGGAAGUGUCGGAGGUGGAAGUGUCGGAGGCGGAAGUGUCGGAGGCGGAAGUGUCGGAGGCGGAAGUGUCGGAGGCGGAAGUGUCGGAGGCGGAAGUGUCGGAGGCGGAAGUGUCGGAGGCGGAAGUGUCGGAGGUGGAAGUGUCGGAGGUGGAAGUGUCGGAGGCGGAAGUGUCGGAGGCGGAAGUGUCGGAGGCGGAAGUGUCGGAGGCGGAAGUGUCGGAGGCGGAAGUGUCGGAGGCGGAAGUGUCGGAGGUGGAAGUGUCGGAGGUGGAAGUGUCGGAGGUGGAAGUGUCGGAGGUGGAAGUGUCGGAGGUGGAAGUGUCGGAGGUGGAAGUGUCGGAGGUGGAAGUGUCGGAGGUGGAAGUGUCGGAGGUGGAAGUGUCGGAGGUGGAAGUGUCGGAGGUGGAAGUGUCGGAGGUGGAAGUGUCGGAGGUGGAAGUGUCGGAGGUGGAAGUGUCGGAGGUGGAAGUGUCGGAGGUGGAAGUGUCGGAGGUGGAAGUGUCGGAGGUGGAAGUGUCGGAGGUGGAAGUGUCGGAGGUGGAAGUGUCGGAGGUGGAAGUGUCGGAGGCAGAAGUGUCCGGGAGAGUCUGUAGCCAUCACGGCCUGAGCGUUCCUUCAGAGCGCUUUGAUGGAUGGAUGAGGCGUUGUCGUGGAAACGAAGGGAGAUUUGGGGAAGGAAAAGGAAAAGAGUGA